ACGAGGAGGAGGUGGGCGUUUGCGCGCGCUCCUCGUGUCUUACGCCAAAAGAGCCGCUCGGAAGCACGGAGUUGGUCGCUGCUUUGCUUUCGCCCGUCAGAUCGUCCCCGGCGCUGCGCUCCGCUAACGACCGGACCUGCUCUCCCCACCCUCACUCCCUUUUUUUCUUUUAGAGAAGUGGCUCUGCCAGCGCCGCGCCCUCGAGGUUCUCCGUCGGCGCCUUGCCUUGCUUGCUGCAGCCUCCUCUCGAGCCGAUCCGGGGCGCCCUUUCCUCGGAGCAGCCGCCUGUCUACCCACACCUCCCCGUGGUGAAGCGGCUGGGCGAUUUCCAGCCGGACAAGUUCGGAUCGUCCAGGAGGAGGAGAAGGAGACACUUGGCGAGCGCGGGAUCGGAGAAAAGGAAAGCCGCCCCGCCACGUUUCUGGAUUCCCGCCUGGGACGGCCAGUCCAGCAGGAACUCGCUCUGACGCCCUACAAGUCCUCCUGGCGCCUUUUCCGCCUCUGCCGCAUGAGGCUCGCUGGGCUAGUAGUGACACGCCGGGGCAGCUGUUCCGCUCUCCUCUUUCUCCUCUGACGCCGGUUCCUUCAGCCUCUGCCCGCUAGGGUCAUGAACGUCUCGCUGGGGAAUCAGACCGCUGUGGCGGGGCUCUUCCUGGCCAACAGUAGCGACUCUCUGGAGCGGGUGCUCCGAUCCUUCACGCCGAGGUCGGUGGUGACCGACGACGGCUUCGUGGUGACGGCCCCGGACGAGAGGAGCCUGUACAUCAUGCGCGUGGUGCAGAUCGCCGUCAUGUGCGUCCUCUCCCUCACCGUCGUCUUCGGCAUCUUCUUCCUGGGCUGCAACCUGCUCAUCAAGUCCGAAGGCAUGAUCAACUUUCUGGUGAAGGACCGGAGGCCGUCCAAAGAGGUGGAGGCAGUGGUGGUGGGACCUUACUGACCUCCCCCCUAGAAGGAGCCCGCCUAGCCGCUCCAACCGCUGCCAGGAGGGCUUGGAAGUGGCCUGUGCUGUUGCCUUCACGGAACUCUUUUCUCGCGGCCAUGGUAGGACAUCUUGAAGGGGGGGCGUGGGAGGGGCCGUUGGAAACAACCGGCACCCCGCUCUCCUUUUCCCUCCGUGAGAGACACCGAGAGGACCAGGCAAGUUAGUAGGAGGGAAGCCAAAUGCUUUUCCCUCUGGGAGGGAAACGAACGCCUGGCACAGCGCAGUUUCUUCACCUCAGCCGCUGGAGAGGUGGAGGAAGAUCUCCAGUCUUGCCUCUCGGCAAUGGCAUAAAGGUCGUGCAGUGGGGAGGCAUGGGGUGGGAGAGAGAGACAGGGGAAGUACUGAAGCCGGGAAGCCUUCUAUCUAAAAUUAUUUUUUGUGUCCUGUAAAUAAGCAGUGUAAAUGUACCCAGACUAAACAUUCCUAACUUUGCUGCUUUUGUUUAAACAACAACAAAGUGAGGGAAGGGGGUGCAGAUCAUUACUUGGACUGUAAAAACCAUUAAGCUCUCCUGUGGGCCCUUUUCCUUCAGAAGGGGGAGGGCAAGCACAUCAUAUUCGGGGGUGCGGUGGGGAGUCAGGUUGUGCUUUUUUUUCUUUUGUGGGGAGGGGGUGAUGGUACCCUAGAACGGGUGUGCAGUUUGUUGCCUGUAACACAGAUACCAGUGCUGAUGUGUGAAUGACAUGGUUUUGUGAGUCGCCUACUUUCUACUGUAGCUUUCACCUUUUUUAAAAAAAAAAUGUAUUCUGUCGGGGUCCAGUUUGUAUUUUGUACCCAUCACUUCUUGAUGCUUGCCUGCUGCUAAAAGCCAGGGUGCUUGGUUGCUGCACCUGUGGCUUUAUAAAUUGCAUCGGUUUGCACAGCCACCCCCCCCCCGAAGAAAUGCUC